AUUCCUGUGAAACCGGAAGCUGAGAGUGAGUCAUCUGUAGGCAGAGACGAUCUCUGCGCUCCACCAUCUCUGCCAUGAGUCGGUGUUUGAAGCGGCUCCCGGAGCUUUCAGCCGUUUCACCGCCGGAUUCACUGUCCUGAGUCUCAGCACCUCCGCUCCGUCCCGGGUCCAGUCCCGGGUCCAGGUCCCGGUCCAGGCCCCGGUCCGGCUUUGGAUCCCGGGUUGCUCUCUGCCGCGGCCGCGGGUCUCAGCUCCAGACGUGACCGGAAGGAUGCGGACGAGCUGCCGAGAUAAAACCCCCGAGUGACCGUGAAGCAUGAUGGGAGGUGGCAGGUGGACGAGCCGGUCUUAGGCCGACCAGUGACACACACACACACACACAGACACACACGCACACACACCAUGAACCAAGACUUCAGUUUGAAUACACUGAAGAAGCUGGCUGCCGAACCAGACUACACUGACGUGUCGCUGACGGCCGCGGAGCGCGUUCGGGCGCUGGGGAAGAUGGGAUGCAGCGUGGAGAUCAAUGAAGACAUCGCACCGCGACGCUACUUCCGCUCCGGUGUAGAGAUGGAGCGGAUGGCGGCAGUUUAUCUGGAGGAGGGCAGUCUGGAGAACGCCUACGUCCUCUACACCAAGUUCAUCACUCUGUUUGUAGAGAAGCUGCCCAGUCACAGAGACUACCAGCACUGCAGCAUUCCAGAGAAACAGCUCAUCAUGAAGAAACUUCAGGAAGUGGCGUUUCCUUGUAAAGACGAGUUGAAGAAACGUCUUCAGGAGAAAUACAGCAGGGAGCACACAGAGUACCUCAGAGCCCAGAGCCAGUCGGUGGUGGUGGACGGGUGUGGCCAGCAGCUGCAACGCCUCUCCCUAUUGGACGAGGACAGGAGGCGGUUCUUGGAGGGGGAACGGCAGCGUGUCGCCGCCCUGCGACGGAUGCAGAUUGAAUCAGAACAGUUUCGUUACUUCGAGGAGCAGCUGAGGCGUCAGGAACUGGCCAAUAGGAGAGGAGAGGAGGUGGAGCAAAAGGUGGAGACCAAAGUGCCUGCGGUGACCGACGGCUCCUGUCUAUCUCAGAAGCUAAUCAGAGAUGGCGUAGGGUCACAGGGGGCAGAUCCUAACAGAAACAGACCUGCUCCCAUCAGCCAACCAGCAGCCACGCUGGCAGGAGUACACACUCAGAGGGUGGAGGGUCUGAGGCGGGUGGUGAUUCCCAGAGACCUGACGUAUCGCUUCCUCCUGUUGGCCGAUUCCAACACGGCCAGAGGAAUCGAAACCUGUGGAGUUCUGUGUGGACGACUGACACACAAUGAGUUUGUGUUGACUCACGUCGUGAUCCCGAAGCAGUCGGCCGGUCCAGAUUUCUGCGACAUGGAGAACGUGGAGGAACUGUUCAGUUUCCAGGACCAACAGAACCUGCUGACGCUGGGCUGGAUCCAUACUCAUCCCACUCAGACGGCCUUCCUCUCCAGCGUCGACCUUCACACUCACUGUUCGUAUCAGCUGAUGCUGCCGGAAGCCGUCGCCAUCGUCUGCGCUCCCAAACACAAUGACACCGGGGUGUUCCGCCUCAGCGGUCCCGGGAUGUCCGAGGUCUCCGGCUGCAGACUCAAAGGUUUCCAUCCUCACUCCAAGGAGCCUCCUCUCUUCACUGUGUGUAAACAUGUGGUGGUGAGAGAGUCAAAGAUCAGCCUGCUGGACCUGAGGUGACAGACAGGAGGCGCUGUGAACAAAGAAACACACACACACACACACACACACACUGUACAAAGUAUGUUUUACUUUGAUGACUUAAAUAAAACUUGUGAACUGUU